AUGAGCACGUCGCAGCUGCGCUACCGCCACAUCUCGCAUCCCGUGGUGCGGGACUUGCCGCAUUCGGUAAGGGAGCUAACCUUCCGCUGGCUCGAAAACAGCCGCCGAGAGGUGACGCUCCACAGGAAGGCGGACACGGACACGGACACGGCCGUGUCCGUGUCCGUGUCCCUUAUUGGUGGGGAUGUUGCGUCCGUAUCGUCAGCGGAGGACCGCAGAAGGCUCCAACGGCGGAACAACCGCUGGGCUAUCUUCACGACGGGAGCUGGGCUUUUCUCGGAUGGGUAUGUCAAUAACUCGAUCGGGGUUGCGUCGUCUUGUUUGAAGGAGAUUUAUGGCAAGCAGUACACUGAUUCGCGUGCGAUCUCCAAUGUUUCCUCUAUUGCAUUCGCUGGUACGGUGUUCGGACAGCUUUCGUUUGGGUAUUUUGCAGAUCGUUUUGGACGGAAGAUCUCGAUGCUUGUGGGCACUGCCAUGUUGAUUAUAUUCACGAUACUGACAGCGGGGGCGUGGGGGGUUGGCACGUCUGAUACCAACCCAGGUGGUCUUUUUGAGGUGCUUGCUGUGUAUCGGUUUCUUGUUGGCAUUGCGAUUGGUUCGGAGUACAGCAGCGGGUCUCCCGCGGCGGCGGAGGCGUCUAAUGCUUUGCCUGCGGGACGCAGGAAUCGCUGGUUUUGCUGGUUUACAAAUUUCAUGAUUGACCUGGGGUUUGUGGUCUCUGCGGUGGUUCCCUGGGUUUUGCUCUAUAUAUUUGGCGAGAAGAACUUGACUCCCGUGUGGCGGAUCACCUUGGCUCUGGGAGCCGUGCCGCCGCUGUCGUUGUACUAUAUGCGUACCAAGUUCAAAGAAAGCGAAGGGUUUGAAAAGACACGGUUGCGGAAUAAGAUGCCCUACUGGAGGGUGGUAAAGUUCUACUGGUUCAGGACAUCUGUGAUUUCUUUGCUUUGGUUUAUCUAUGAUUUUUCUGCCUAUGCGUUUGGAACUUACUCGACGUUUAUUUUGGGCGAGGUUCUAGGCAAGGAUGCUCCGUUGAAGUCGAGGUUCGCCUGGAACAUCUUGUUUAAUUUUUUUUAUCUCCCAGGUGCCUUCUUGGGUGCCAUAUUUUCCGAUUAUCUAGGCCCCCGUCUUACCUUCACUCUUGGGAUUGGUGUGCAGUCCUUAGUUGGUUUUGCUAUAGCUGGGUUUUUUGGUUCUUUACGCAAGAACAUCGCCGCCUUCACCAUCGUGUAUGGUGUCUUCAUGACUCUGGGCGAGUUCGGCCCAGGUGAUAACAUUGGCGUGCUUGCAUCCAAGACUACUGCGACUCCUGUACGAGGGCAACUAUAUGGUAUUGCCGCCGCCAUUGGGAAAGUGGGUGCUUUUGUAGGCGCAUACGUGUUCCCUAUAAUUAUCAAAAAGGCUGGAGGUGAAAGCUCCACUCCAGGUCUUCGUGCGCCUUAUCUAAUUACAUCCUCCUUGUUUCUCCUUAGCGCCUUCAUUGCCCUUGUCUUCCUCCCCCCUGUUCACCAGGAAGCUGUGGAUGAAGAAGACAGGUUAUUCGUCGAAUAUUUGCAGAGUACUGGCUACGAGUACGAAACUGAUCCUAAUAUCGGCGAGGCAUACAAUACUACUACCUGCUUUGAUAAUAGCCCAACUACCGAUAGCCCUGGCGUCGAUAGAAAUUCAAAAUCAAGUGCGAAUACCACUGUGCACUUAAAGCAUUAA